AUGGCUUUCGCUGAGCUCCUGGAGCGAGCAGGGGGAGUGGGUCUCUUCCAGGCCCUGCAGGUCUUCACUCUCCUCCUUCCCUCCCUGUUGGUACCCUCCCAACUGCUGAUGGAGAACUUCUCGGCCGCCGUGCCCAGCCACCGAUGCUGGGUGCCCCUCCUGGACAACAGCACUGCCCAGGCCAGUGUCCCCGGGGCCCUGGGCCCCAAGGACCUCCUGACCGUCUCCAUCCCCCCGGGCCCCAACCAUGAGCCCCACCAGUGUCGCCGCUUCCGCCAGCCACAGUGGCAGCUCCUGGACCCCAACGCCACGGCCAACUGGAGCGAGGCUGCCACAGAGCCGUGCAUGGACGGCUGGGUCUACGACCGCAGCACCUUCACCUCCACCAUCGUGUCAGAGUGGGACCUAGUGUGUGACUCCCAGGGCCUGAAGCCCCUGGGCCAGUCCAUCUACAUGGCCGGCGUCCUGCUGGGCUCCCUCUCCUGGGGACUCCUCUCUGACCGGUUCGGGCGGAAGCCAGCGCUGAGCUGGUGCUGCCUGCAGGUGGCUUUGGCCAACACCAGCACCAUCUUUUCUUCCAAUUUCCUCAUCUACUGUGGCCUCCGGUUCCUGAGCGCUUUUGGAGUGGCCGGCAUCAUCAUGACCCCGGUGACACUCAUGGCCGAGUGGACCACAACCCGCAGGAGGGCCGUCACCAUAACAAUGCUGGGAUGCUCCUAUAGCCUGGGCCAGUUGACCCUGGGGGCGUUGGCCUUCACCCUGCGGGACUGGCGGGCUCUCCAGCUGGCCGUGUCGAUGCCCUUCUUUGCCAUCUUCCUGAUCUCCUGGUGGCUGCCGGAGUCUGCCCGAUGGCUGAUUAUUGUGGGCAAACCAGAACAAGCGCUCCAGGAGCUCAAAAAGGUGGCCAGGAUAAACGGCCACAAAGAAGCCACAAAGUCACUGACCGUCGAGGUGCUCAUGACCAGCAUGGAGGAGGAGGAGGCGGGGGCCUCUAUGAAGGCCCGCAGGUCAGUGCUGGACCUGUUUCUCUUGCCCACGCUCCGCUGGAGAAGCUGCAGCAUGUUCCUGGUGAGCUUCUCCCAAAUGAUCUCCUACUACGGGCUGGUCCUCGACCUGCAAAACCUGGGGAGUGACAUCUUCCUCCUCCAGGUCCUCUUUGGAGCUGUAGACUUACUGGGCCGGGCCACCACCACUUUCUUGUUCAGCUUCUUGGGCCACCGUACGACCCUGGCCAGCUUCCAGGCCAUGGCUGGCCUCUCCAUCCUGGCCAACAUACUGGUCCCACAAGAUUUGCAGACCCUGCGCUUGGUCUUCGCCGUGCUGGGAAAGGGAUGCUUUGGCAUAAGCUUAACCUCUAUCUCUGUCUACAAGCCCGAACUCUACCCAACUGCACUGCGGAUGACAGCAGAUGGCUUCCUGCAGUCGGCAGGUCGUCUGGGGGCUGUGAUGGGGCCCCUCAUCAGGAUGACUCGCCCGGCCGUGCCCCUGCUGGCCCCCGUCUCCUACGGUGUCAUCCCCAUCGCCUCCAGCCUGAUCCUCCUGCUCUUCCUCCCGGAGACCAAGGGGCUUCCACUUCCUGACACCAUCCAGGACCUGGAGAGCCAGAAAUCGGCAGCAGCCAAGGGCAAGCAUCGAGAGGUGGCCAUUACAGAGAGUACCUGGUUCUAG